AGAAGAAGAAGAAGCCAGACAACAACAAGGAGCGCACGAGCCGUGUGUACCAGAGCAGAAGGCUGCCUCAUCCACGGAAAGACUGACUGAAGCUCUACGAUGCCUGUGGCCUCCACCAGGACAGAACCGGCGCCCCAAGUGGUGGACGCCAUGAGUGACAGCACCACCAGCUCCACCACAGCCAAUGACCUGGACCUCAUCUACCUCAAGGGCAUCAUGGAGAGUCCUCUGGAGCAGGAGGAGAGCCUGAAGGAGCCUCGUCUGUCACCUGUGAGGGACAACAACGUGGAACUCCUGCAGGAGAUCCUCAAAGACCUGGACCCCUUCACACACCAGUCAGACACUGCAGCUGAACUGGCACAAAUACUGACACAGCCCCACUUCCAGUCUCUUCUGGAGACUCACGACUCAGUGGCAUCCCAGGCCUGUGAAAGACGGACUCCCAAACAAUCCCCACCCCCUCCUGAUGCCAUCCGGAUGGUGGGCAUCCGUAAGGUGGCCGGGGAGCACCUGGGGGUGACCUUCAAAGUGGACAGUGGUGAGCUGGUCAUAGCCCGUAUCCUCCACGGUGGAAUGGUGGAUCAACAGGGGCUGCUCCACGUUGGAGACAUCAUCAAGGAGGUAAACGGGCGAGAGGUGGGCCGGGACCCCCGAGUUCUGCAGGAGGAGCUACAGGCCACCAGUGGAAGUGUGGUUCUGAAGAUUCUACCCAGCUACCAUGAAGCCAUACCGCCACGACAGGUCUUCUUUAAGUGUCACUAUGACUACGACCCAGCCAAUGACAACCUAAUUCCAUGUAAGGAGGCGGGGCUACGAUUUGAGACUGGAGAUAUCCUGCAGAUCGUUAACCAGGACGACGUCAACUGGUGGCAGGUGGAGCUCAGAAACACAAAGCGAAUCCUGAUGGAGAUUCAAGUCUAA